AAUGUCAAGUGCCAUCUUUGACUCAGUUCUAUCAAAAUAUGACGAUGCCGUGUCUAUGGACGGAACCACCUCUAUAUGAACAUGCAGAGCUUAGUAAAGCCUCCCUCUUUCGCAAACGUUGUUCGUCCCUUCGAAUACAGUCCCAUUUGAAGAGUCCUCCUUCGUCAUCUCUCCUUUCCUUUAAUGGCUUCCACAAUUGGCACUGCUUCCAUUUCCCAACAGCUAAGAUUAAAGAAUGAAAGCCUGGACGGCCUAAACCGUCAGAAGGCGUGCACGGCAUGUUCGAAAAACAAGAGUGUAGUUAUCCGAGCAGUGAAGGCUCCGACACAGCUGCAACAGCGCUCCCCUGCCUCCACAGGAACCGUGAAACAGGCCAUGACCAUGACAGAAAAGAUCUUGGCAAGGGCUGCGGAAAAGGCUACGGUGAGCCCCGGGGAAAAUUUGUGGGUGAAUGUGGAUACGCUGAUGACUCAUGACGUUUCUGGCCCUGGAACCAUCGGCAUUUUCAAGAGAGAGUUCGGCCCCCAGGCUAAGGUUUGGGAUCAUGAAAAGAUUGUUAUAAUACCUGACCACUAUAUAUUUACUAAUGAUGAACGUGCAAAUAGAAAUGUGGAUAUAAUAAGAGAUUUUGCCCAGGAGCAGAAUAUCAAGUACUUUUAUGACAUCAAAGAUCGUAGCAACUUCAAGGCAAAUCCAGAUUAUAAAGGAGUUUGCCACAUUGCUCUUGCUCAAGAAGGCCAUUGCAAACCUGGCGAGGUUCUUUUUGGGACAGAUUCACACACAUGCAAUGCAGGUGCAUUUGGGCAGUUUGCAACUGGAAUUGGAAACACUGAUGCAGGAUUCAUAAUGGGUACUGGUAAAUUAUUAAUAAAGGUACCACCAACAUUGAGAUUUAUUUUGGAUGGAGAUAUCCCACAUUACGUGCUUGCAAAGGAUCUUAUUUUACAGAUUAUUGGUGAAAUAACUAUAUCAGGAGGAACAUACCGAGCAAUGGAAUUUACAGGUUCCGCAGUUGAAAAACUGACGAUGGAAGAUAGAAUGACAUUAUGCAACAUGGUAAUUGAAGCGGGAGGGAAGAAUGGUGUUAUUGCAGCAGAUCAGAUAACAUUUGAUUAUCUUGAGGGAAAGACAAUGUCUAGUUUUGAACCACAGUAUAGUGAUGAAGCAGCCAGAUAUUUCAAAGAAUAUAGGUUUGAUGUUUCCAAAUUAGAACCGUUAGUUGCAAAGCCUCACUCACCUGACAAUCGUGCAUUAGCAAGGGAAUGCAGGCAUGUUAAGAUAGAUAGAGUCUACAUUGGUUCAUGCACUGGUGGAAAGACAGAAGACUUUUUGUCUGUUGCUAAACUUUUUUCUUCUUCGGGACAAAAGGUCAAAGUGCCGACCUUUUUAGUACCUGCCACUCAAAAGGUGUGGAUGGAUCUCUAUACUAUUCCUGUACCAGGAGCCAAUGGCAAGACCUGUGCCCAGAUUUUUGAGGAUGCAGGUUGUGAUACCCCAGCAAGUCCUAACUGUGGAGCUUGCAUGGGGGGGCCUAGAGAUACGUAUGCCCGCGUGAAUGAACCUCAGGUUUGUGUUUCCACUACAAAUCGGAACUUUCCUGGGAGAAUGGGUCAUAAGGAGGGUCAAAUCUAUUUGGCUUCUCCAUACACAGCAGCAGCAUCAGCUCUCACUGGAUUUGUUACUGAUCCAAGAGAUUUCUUAUAGAUAUAAAUGAAACCUUUAUAUUUAAGAUAAAGUUUUAUGGGUUUCAAAUCUAGCCACGGCAUAUAAUUUUCUUUAAGACGACUACAGUGUCGGUACAGGAAACAAAAUGUUUAUUUAUAUUCUGCAACAAAAGUUUGGCGGUAUUGUAUUAUUUAUCUUAUGUGUCCCUGACUUUUUCAAUGGCUAUUAAAUUAUGUAUUUCUUGUUUUAUGCUUA